CGUCAUUUCCUUAGCAAAGAAAGAAGGGGCUGACGAGAUCGUUGAAGAAGCUUGUCCAAAUAAUACACAUAUUGCAUUAAUAAUAUAGGAUACCAUAGAUCGUGGAACCUUCUGUUUUGUGUGAAGCUUUGAAGAAUUAACCCACAGCAAUGUCGGCCCAAGCUCAAAUGAGAGCUUUGCUCGAUCAACUAAUGGGGACAGCGAGGGAUGGUUCAGUGUGUCUUUGCCAGCCUACAUCAAUCUGCAAAGGAGUUGCAGAAAAGCCUCAUGUUCAUCGAGCCGGGACGAGACGCGGCAGAGGGUCAAGUUCACCGACGAGCGGGUCUGCAAAAGCCAUCUCCUGAACUGCUGUCCCCAUGACAUCCUCUCUGGAACUCGUAUGGAUCUGGGAGAAUGUGCGAAGACCCACGACCUGGCGCUCCGGGCCGACUAUGAAAUCGCCUCCAAGGCGAGGGAACUCUUCUUUGAGCUUGACGCUGUGGAUCACCUGGAGUCUUUCAUCGCUGAUUGCGACCGUAGAACAGAGUUGGCCAAGAAACGACUGGUGGAGACUCAAGAUGAGAUCAGUGCGGAGGUGGCUGCAAAGGCAGAGACUGUCCACGAGCUGAACGAAGAGAUCGGGAAGCUCCUGGCCAAGGCAGAGCAGCUGGGAGCCGAGGGGAAUGUAGAUGAGGCCCAGCUGAUCCUACAGGAAGUGGAGAAGGUCCGCAGCAGGAAGAGGGAUGCCGAGGAGGAGUACAGAAACUCCAUGCCUGCCUCCAGUUUCCAGCAGCAGAAGCUCCGUGUCUGCGAGGUAUGCUCGGCCUACCUGGGUCUCCACGACAACGACCGUCGCCUGGCCGACCACUUUGGUGGGAAGCUGCACCUGGGCUUCAUCCAGAUCAGGGAGAAACUGGAAGCCCUGAAGAAAACAGUCAUUGACAAGCAGGAGAAGAGGAACCAGGAUCGUCUCAAGAGGAGAGAAGAGAGAGAGAAGGAAGAGAGGAUGAAGAAGAGGACCAAAUCACGGAGCAGGGAACGGAGCAGGGAACAUAGGUCCCGCUCUCGCGAACGUAGGAGACGGCGUUCCCGUUCCUCAUCUCGCGAGAGGCGGCGUUCCUCCCGCUCGCACUCCAGGGACCGGGAGAGAAGGAGACGCCACCGCAGCCGCUCCCGAUCCUGCAGCAAGGGCCACCGCCACGAGCCUAGCACCAGACACAAGUCGUCCAGGGAUCGAGAGCGCUCAUCCAGAGACCAUUCACGGGAGCGAAGCAGGAAGAGGGGAUCCUCUGAGCGGCGGCAAGACAGCAGGGAUCAGAACGGGAGGACGGACUCCCGCCGGGCGCAGGACAGAGACACCGGGGACCUCUGAGGACUCUCGCCAUCCAUCCUCAAAACACAACCUCCUUUUCUCUCUUUCAUACCUGUCCACAUAUCUAUAAGGACUCUCUUAACAGCAAUGUCCAGAGACGUUUUGAUUUGACAGAUAUUCCAGCCAACCCACUGUGUCCCAAAUAAAUAGAGCUUAUAUGACCACAAAGGUGUGUGUGUGUAUAUAUUGUAUAUACAGUACCAUUCAAGGGUUUUUCUUUAUUUUGACUAUUUUCUACAUUGUAGAAUAAUAGUGCAGACAUCAAACUAUGAAAUCGUGUAGUAACCAAUUUUUUUUUAAACAAAUCAAAAUAUAUUUGAGAUUCUUCAAAGUAGCCACCCUUUGCCUAGACAACAGCUUUGCACACUCUUGGCAUUCUCUCAACCAGCUUUGAGGUAGUCACCUGGAAUGCAUUUCAAUGAACAGGUGUGCCUUAAGUUAAUUUGUAUUUCUUUCCUUAAUACGUUUGAUCCAAUAAGUUGUGUUGUGGCUUUUUGACUGGUACUGUAUAUAUUUCAAGCAUUCAAAUAUAUCCUGGGAUAAGGGUGUGGGGGAUGGUAGUUGUUGAACGUUGUGGGGGUGCACAAAGUCCUGCCAGCAUAUGUUUUAAGUGAUGGCUGUUGAUUGCAAUACAUUUGAUUUUAUAUAUAUAUUCUAUGAAACGAUCCUAAAUAGACAUUUUAAGUGGUAGCUAUAGAAAGGAUAAAUGAAUGACCAUUGAAUGAACCAUAAACUUAAAGAAUAGAGCAUUUAAAUGUUUGUUUUGAUACUGUUAUUUUUAAGCUGUCAGGAUUGCUGUGCGAUUGAGACACUGCUUAAUCAUACUUCCUGCAUACUGUCCUGGGUCGUGUUCAUUAGGCACCAAAUGGAAGAAACCGGACUGAAACAGGGAGGGGUCAUCUGGAUUUGUCCAAUAAGAAAACCACAUUUUUGCUUUCCCGUAAAAACGUGACGAAAGGUUUUCAAUUAGUGCACUAAUGAACACGACUCGGCAUACUGCCUUAGAUUGGCUUCUCUCUGCAAGGCUUUCUUCUCUUCCUUGAGGCUAUUUCACAAUGCUGGUUGCAGUAAUUUGCCAUUUAAAGUUGCAAAAAAUAUUUAACAUACCAGUAAUCAUAGGUCAGAUAUGUGCAGAACAGAUAAGAUUGAUCAACUAAGACAUAUUGUUGUUUUGACUUUUGGAAAUACAAAAGGAAUUUGGUCAGUUGUGAACAUUAGUGAGCUCAUUUCUGUCAGCUUGUGAAAUACCCUUUGCUUCUAUAGUUGUGGCCUAGACUGACUGACGGGACAUUUACAUCUGGAGAGAUUGUAGCAGUUCGAUUGAAUAUGUCAUAAUACGGACAGGGUUUUCUUACACUUUAGAUUUGAUUGUCCUUUGUGUUCACAAAUGGAGUCUCUCUUUUUUUCCUUUUUUUGAUUUUUACAAGUUUGUUCCAAGUUUUCAUGUCAUGUGAAGUCUGUAUUUGUGUGUAGUAGACAUGAUGGACUUUGCAUGUCUCUCCAAUGGAUUGAGUAGGAAAUGCUGUUUUGGAUUGAGAAUGACUGUAUGUGACCCAGGAAGUCAGCUACGUUACCCAGGAAGUCAGCUACUUUACCCAGGAAGUCAGCUACGUUACCCAGGUAGUUAGCUACGUUACCCAGGUAGUUAGCUACGUUACCCAGGUAGUUAGCUACGUUACCCAGGUAGUUAGCUACGUUACCCAGGUAGUUAGCUACUUUACCCUGGUUUUGGACUAUGACACUUGGUGCUGGGAACAAUAUCCUAAGUACCUGCUUAUGUUCAUUUUACUUUCCAAUAUGUUGAUGCUGAAUCUGCAGCUUGUACAUCUUCUGAAUAUGUUGGUUCAUGUAUGUCAGUCACUUGAAAUUGGAUGCAAACCCAUAUAAAGGAAUGCAUAACUUUUUCUAAUGGGUGCCAGCUCUAGUAUUGGUCAGGUCUGUUUGUAUUAUUUUGCUAGAAGAUGAUUUUGUCUGAAGCCUGAAUAAAAAUCCCAGAAUUGUA